AUGGCUCGACAUCAAAGAAAAGAUGAGGAGGCUGGCGGCGAAGGACUGGGUGUAGUGGAAACGAGAAAAAAGUUAUGGCGAGAUGCUAGUGGCAAUAUCGUGUGCAAACGCCCAAGCCAAAGAGAUACUUGCAGGCCAGGCAAAAAGCGACAGCCUACGAAUUCAAACGCUCUCCGUCAGCAAAAUGGUGCUGUUGACGUCGACUACGGAAGAGCUCUGUCUGCAGAGCCACUUUCACCACCGCGAUCGAUGCUGAGCGGUGAAUCGAUGGAGCAACUCUCCCAUCAGUUACCAGAGCUUCCCAAUGACCCAGACUUUAUCGCACAAACGUCAGGCCCUGACAUGUUUGGAUUUCUGGCCAACUCGUCAUGGGGCAUUCAAUCCUCUAGCAUGAACACCCAAAUGGAUGCACCUUUUAACGAAAUUUUCAAUCCCGACACAGGUGGGAAGAUCUCCGUCCGGAUAGUACUAGAUCAGAACUAA